AUGUCCCGAGCACCAGAUCGCACCUUCUCCUUUGAUGACGACGACGAAAUAGCUCUCGACGCAAACCGGAGAAACUACCUUUCACAGGACAACAAUACCUUCCGAGAAGCGCAGCCUUCCCCUCCUCCAGGCUAUACAGACUCUCCGACCAGACUCUACAAUGAUCGUCCACCUUCACCUCCAGCUCAUCGAUAUACGCCUUACCAACCCCCCCAACCCACCGGCCCUAUCGACUCUCAAACGGCCCGCCCUCGGAUUGCAGUAAACACUAGACAAGCCCGAGAGGGUGCUUACGGUAGUCGGGACCUGGGUCACUCCGCCUCGAACCGGACCGCAUCAACAAUAACCCCAGGAGCUGACAACUGGGGGGAUAGAGCUGUUGGCGGUGGAAUGACAGGUAUCGCUUUGGGCGUUGCCAAUACGAACGAACGGGAAAGUGGUAUAGAAGCAUUACGAUCGCUGGACGGCACACAACCCGCUAGAGGUCUUCCACCAGAGCGCUACGACACGAUGCCGUCAGAUACGCCAAAUAUACCUGCUCCCCUAUUCCAUAGUCGCGAUCCAUUCACCUCGCCAGCUCUCUCAGGCAGGUCUAAUCCCUUUGAAGAUGAAAGAGGUGACAUUUCACCUUCACCUGGAGAUCUCACUCCUCGGGGCUACCCUUCUACGCACAGUAUUCCCAUGAGUGAGUAUCCUCCACAAGAUGUCUACGAAAAUGCCCGCAGCUCAUACACGGACAAUCCUUACAAACGUUUCUCUACCGCCUGGGAUGCUCGAGUAGGGCGGGGUGAUAUUGACCCAAACGAGAUUGAAGAUGAUGGCGAUGAUUAUGGGGCACCACCAAUAAAGCCAAGGAGGUCGAUGCUAGGUCUCAACGGCGAAGGUGCGGCGACUGCAGCUGGAGGUGCUGCUGCCACCGGAGGAAUCUUGGGGGCGCUGGGAGGUCUUGUCGGAAAGACCGCUGCUGGUAGCAACGGGGCACGGGACCCUUCUGGUCAAUACGGUGCUGUGCCUGGAUCAUCCGGACCCGGCGUUGAUGACGGCGUUGAGAAGAGCGCUUGGCUCAGCAAGCAGACCUCUGGAAGGAGAAGAUUGCAGUGGAUUGUGGGCACCAUUGUUGUUUUGGCAAUUAUUGGUGGAAUAGUUGGCGGAGUGAUUGCUGCGUUGCGCAGCCGCAGUUCUAGCAGCUCUGAUAAUUCCUCAUCCUCCGGCCAAUCCUCUGGACCGACCGAUAGUGAUUUGGAUAUGAACUCACCAGAGAUCAAAAAGCUGAUGGAUAAUUCUAAUCUCCACAAGGUCUUCCCAGGAAUGGACUACACACCAUUCAACGCGCAGUAUCCUGCGUGUUUGACCAACCCUCCCAGUCAAGACAAUGUCACGAUGGACAUCGCUGUGCUGUCGCAGCUUACCAACGCCGUUCGAUUAUAUGGAACCGACUGUAACCAGACGCAGAUGGUUCUCCAUGCCAUCGAUAAAUUAUCACUCCCGGAUAUGAAAGUCUGGUUAGGCGUAUGGCUGGACAACAACAGCACAACCAGCAAUCGCGGCCUCGAUGCUAUGUAUCAAAUCAUUUCUCAGUACGGCGCCAGCCCUUUCGCUGGAGUCAUCGUUGGGAACGAGGUUCUUUACCGCAAAGACAUGACAGAGACACAGCUGAGCGAUCUCCUCGGAGGCGUCAAGACGAAUUUCACAAAUCAAAAAAUUGACCUUGAUAUCGCCACCUCAGAUCUGGGUGAUAAUUGGAUCGCGGCCCUUACCGACAACGUUGAUUAUGUCAUGUCGAACAUCCAUCCGUUCUUUGCAGGUGUUGCGGCGGAAAUAGCAGCUGGCUGGACUUGGGAUUUCUGGCAGGACUUUGAUACAGUCCUGACCAAUGGGACGACGAAGCAGAAUGUCAUCUCUGAGACCGGUUGGCCGAGUGGAGGUGGUACGGAUUGUGGAGAGGCCAGUACCUGCGUCAAUGGUAGUGUGGCGGGUAUUGAUGGGAUGAACACCUACAUGGAUACCUUCGUUUGUCAAAGUCUAACCAAUAAGACGAACUACUUCUGGUUCGAAGCUUUCGAUGAGCCAUGGAAACAGAGUCUCAAUACGCCUGGCAAGGAAUGGGAAGACAAAUGGGGUUUGAUGGAUCCGGGUCGAAAUUUGAAGCCUGGAUUGACCAUCCCCAAUUGUGGAGGCCAGACUGUCACGUAG